AUGGCAGCUCUGAGACAGGAGCGUCGGUAUGGGCUCUCCUGUGGCCAAAUCAACAAAAACAACCCGAAGCAGACUCUGUAUCACGUCAAACUCACUGACACUGCCAUCCGGACCCUGGAAGCCUACCAGAACCUGAAGGCAUCACUAUCAAAUCAGCCAGCGAUUUGCUUCAAGGGGAGCCAGGGGUACGUUAAGAUCCCAGCGCCAACACCUGAAUCUCCUGAUGGAUUCAGAGUCUUCUCGUUCUAUCUUUCCAGUGACAGCAAAGACAAGCCUCAGUCCAGCUUUGACUGCAUUCACCAGUAUGUCUCAGGGGAUGGCAGGGAUCACCUGGAGGGCCAGGGCAGCAUUCAGGACAAGAUCACAGUUUGUGCCACAGAUGACUCCUACCAGACAACCCGGGAGCGCAUGUCUCAAGUGGAGAAGGACAUCUGGAGCCGCUCAGCAAUUGAGAUAAAGCCGGGGCCAAGUAAGUACUUAAAGGUCCAGAGGAAGCAGGGUCUGGUAUCAGGCUCAGAUAGCAGCAACAAGCACUCCCCGAGCAAUAAGAGGAGCCUGGUUCCCAGCCCUGUGGCACACCGGCUCUUGAGGGAUCGCAUCAUCCAUCUCCUGGCCUUAAAGCCCUACAGGAAACCUGAGCUGCUACUGUGGUUGGAAAGGGAGCGAGCCAGUCCAAAGGACAAGGCUGACCUGACCUCAGUACUGGAUGAGGUUGGUAAACUGAACCCUAAAGACCACAGCUACUCUCUAAAGGAUGAGCUCUACAAACACGUCCAGAGAGAAUGGCCUGGAUAUCUAGAGGAGGAGAAGCAACUCAUCAAUAGGCUCCUGAUCAGGAAACUUCAGCCACUCCACAGUAGCCAGUUGAAGAGUCCCCAGUCCAACCAUUCAUUCCUCAAAACUCCCGGGGACUCUCCUUCACAUCUCAGUCCUGCCAAGAAUCUCUCUGUGAAACGGCCAUUGCCCUCUGACCCAUCCAACUUUCAGACCCCCAAAAAACAAAGACUAUUAGACCAGUGUUUGCCUCUGCACUCGCCGUCUCAUGGAGACUAUGGCACCAACGGGGCUCGUAGCUCCUCUAGUCAUGGAAACUCUAGAGUACAGAUCAAACUGGAUUUCGACAAAACCAACAAUCAUCUCCAGGGGAGUCCUAACAGUCUGUACUCGCCGCACAAACUCAGCGGGUCAUCUACUAUCCCCAAACUGGAGAGGACAGAGCCAGCUCCUGCUGCACCCAGCCCUAAGCCCCCACACACUGACACGUCCGUUUGCACUGACCAACAAUUCACCAUUGGCCAACAUAAAAAGAAGAGGUCCAAAAAGCACAAAGACAAAGAACGAGAGCGCUUAAAACCAGACUGGAUUGAGACGAGUCCAGACCUGAAGCAGAGCCGAGAAAUUCUUAAAGAACAUGAAAGAGAGAAGACACCUGUCAAUCAAACCUCAGCAGAGGAACUGCCCGACUAUUUAAUAAAAUACAGCACCAUAACAGCACUGGAGCAGCGCCAAGAGUAUAAAGACGACUUCUGCGCAGAGUACGAUGAAUACAGAGCUCUUCAUGAUCGGAUUGGGGCCAUCACAGAGAUGUUUGUUCAGUUGGGCUCAAAGAUCAACACUCUCUCCCCAGGAACACAAGAGUACAAGCUUAUGGAGGACCAAAUACUACAAAAGUACCGAAAGUAUAAGAAAAAGUUUCCUGGUUAUCGGGAAGAGAAGAAGCGAUGCGAGUACCUCCAUCAGAAACUGUCGCAUAUCAAAGGCCUGAUCACAGAUUAUGACCAAGCACAGGGACUCUCCUAGUAACCAGUUUCUACCCACAGCAGGGUGUAGUAUGACUGGACCAAAAGACUCCUAAUGGACCCAAAGACUGCACAGCUGGGUCCUGAAGUUGCUGAGACACUAUUCACUUUACUUCUCCGAGUGUUAAUGGAAUCGAGGAGCGAGGUUCUUUUUCAAAAGUGGGCUGAGACCACUGACUCGUGAUCAAAAGUUGCCCUUUAACAUUACGGUUUUCAACUAUGAUUAUCGCUGUAAUGGCUGGAUUCUGUUCUGCUGUAAAAGUGAAAGCCAAAUCCAUUUUUUUCUGAAAUGCAAAACAGAUGUGAUCAUUUCUGCUCAAUUGCAUUUUUAUUCUAUCCUUUAUCUUGUCAGAACUAAGAAAAAAUGUGUUGAUUUAUUUAAAAAACAAAAGAGUAUUAAAUUGAUGGUACAAUCAAUCUGAGGGGGAAACAAUUGCUACUAAAGUCUUUAUAUUUAUCAUACAGAGGAAUCUGUUUAUUUGCUGACAGAAAGUCAACACCUACAAUCUCAUAAAUUAUUCAUUUGUUACAGUAAUAUGAUCACCGAAUGACUAUAAUAAGUCACUCCAUAAACAAUGUAUCUCCAGUCAGACCACAUGCUAACAAAAUGUUAUCGUCCAUAAAAUAAUUAUAUAUAAAUGUAUUCUUGCAGGACAGAGACCGUACGACAGGUAUCUCAAGCUAUCACUAAAAUGAUCACAAAAUGAAGUUUAAAGCAUUAUAUGCAAAGUUAUUUUGGCUUUGACCAUAAGGAAUUCCACCAUGUAGCUUUCUGCCAACCUCCUGUGUCAUUUCUUAGAAAUGUUGGAAUGCGACAAAACCACUCCUCCCAGUACCUGAAUGGUGGUUUCAAGAUGGUGCUUGUGCACAUCUAGUGUUAAAUUCACCCACAUGUAGCCUACCACAAACUGCCUUUUCAUUACAACUCUCUCAAGUGUUCUGGUUACAGGUUUGUUUACUGCAGCACAGUACACACAGUAAUCAUGCGUUAUUGACGCUCUAGAUGAAUGACUACAAGCUCAGUGAAACAUAACUGUUAACUCUACAUGCAGUUUAAAAAGCUUACAGGGCAUUUAUCUUUUUAAUCAAGCUGUCCACACAUUGGUUUUCUAUGAUUUUGCUUUGGUUGAAUUAUGGAGAUAGAUUGCAAUAGGGAUGCCUUUAACAAAUUGGACAAUUGUAAUUGUUUGUCCCACGUGUACAGCGUGCAGAGGAUGGCACCGUGGGUCGGUCACUCAGUUCAUACCACUUUGGUUCACUUUGGUGUAAGGAGCAGGCUGCCUCUAGAGGAUGCUAGAAGGUCUGUUAGACUUAGUUUAGACUUUCUGGAUUCAUUUGUCCCAAGGCAGGCACACCUGAAUAACCACAAACUGUACUUUUAUUUCACCUUAUAAUAAGUCGUAGCCUGAAGUAGGAAAUAGGGAUAACAUUUCAGGGUUCUCUGUUCUCUCUCUGACGUUUGCAUCAAUGUAGCUGCACUCACAACUGUUGUCUUAAUGAUGGCCUAAAAUGAGAGAAUGAAGCUAAUAUUUGCCUUAACAUGUAUGUCAGACAUUUCCAGCAUUAUGCCAUCCCUAUUCAGAAAUGUUCUUGGUUUAACCCGCAAUUCAAACGUUCUCAGAACUUUUUCUGUAAAUGUCUUUAAGUUUGAAGAAAUUUCAGUUACUGGAUAGUUGUUACUGUUACAGUUGUUGUUUUGUCUCUGUUGUUCUUGUUUUUUUCUCUGUCUAUGUCUUAAUCAUUUUCUAUUUCUCUCAGAUAAUCAUGAACUUUUAAGGAAUAUAAUUCGAUGUCCAAUCCUGUCAAGCACCACUAUCAAAAGAAAUAAUCAUUGCAGAAAUAUCUACAGAAUAAUGUGCUUUGCAAUGGAAAUACUCAGUGGGGUUAUUGUCAAAUAUUAAGCAGCUCUUUUGCAAAAUUUAAAUGUACUUUUUUUAUUUUACAUUCAAUAGGAUACUUCUGGUAUGUUUGGAGGAUUUGAGACUAGCAACAGUUGCGUUGUCUUGGCACAUAUAAACAAUUUCAAGAAAUAAAUAUUUAUUAGCACUGAUAUUGGAAGAUUUUGAAAUGUGAGCAAAGAUUUUGAGCUUUAAAAUCAUCAAAGCUGAAAAUGCUGGAUUCUUAAAGCACCGGUACACCUACAGAAAAUAUAUCUUUAUUUUGGCUGUUUGAAUCUUGACUCAGGACCAGAGGUCACGCUAUUUUACCAAUAUUUUGUCAAUAUGCAUUUUGAUGAGCUCAGCAAAUGUGCCAUAUAGCUUCACCCAACUUGAGAAAAGGUAGAUCAGUCAUAAUGAUUGAAAAGAACAGUGUUUUGUUCUGGUACUCGAUCUGGAAAUCAAGGUAGCAUGGUUGAAAUUGUGUUAUAAAAACAAGAGCACAAUGCCUGCUCAGAUAUACAAAUAAUUUAUUUGUGUUUCGUUGAAUUUCUCAUUCAAACAGAAAGGUACUGAAAUAGUGUUUUGAUGAUGGCGGGAUGGAAACGUCCACAUACCACCAUGAAGACCAUGAGACCUUAAAAGUACAAACGAUUUACUGAACUAAUUCAAGUUAAGGGCUUCCCAUUUACCAGCAAAGUAGCAUUGGUCGAUCGUACAACACAUCAAACGAAAUGCUUCAUGGGCAAAAUAUCAGUCUAAUCAGUAUGAAUGAAGAUAAUGGUACAAUUCAUGUUAACAUAAUGUUUUUUUGGAACCAGACCCUUGGUGUAAGGGGCCUUUAAAGUGCUAAAUGUUUUUUACUGUUGCAGGAGCUAACUACUGGUGCCUUUUUCAUUCAAUGAGCAGAGACACUCUGCAUGUAACCAUCAUUGGUAUUCUGGAAAAAAAUAUUAACUUGGGCCAGCAGUAUUUACACCUCUGUAGUUUCACACUGUUGCCAAUGUUCAAAGUGCUUUGUUCAUAGUUUAUUGAUUAAGUUGAUAUCAGAUGCCUUUAAAAUGUGUUCAAUGUAUUGGCACUGACAUUUUUCCAGAAAUGAAAAUUCAGCAUUUUAGAAAUGCAAGGUUUUCCAGGACACCAAUUAAACUUCAUCUAAUGUUAGCUAUUUGACUACAAGUAUAUUUGGAAGAGUGACCUGGAUUUUGUUUGCAUUUUUAUCUCCAGCCCAGCAAACUAUUUCCACAAAUGUAUUACUGGUGCGUUUAACUGGUUUGUUGGUACUGGAAAAACAAUGUCUCAAUGGAAAUGUGAAAUCAAAUAUGUUGCCUAUUAUGAAUCACUGCAAUUGAUCUACCUAGGAGAACAAAUACGUUUAUUUAUUGCUUUGUAUGUUUUUGUCCUUUUAUGGGAUUCAUCUUUGCAUUGUUCAUUCUUUUCAGCAAAACUCAAAGUAUGGUGAAAGGGAAAUGGAAUAUAUUUUUGCAAUUUUUGAUGGUGGAUGCUUUAUCACAAGGUUAUCCUUUUGAGAAAAGCUUUCAGAAAAAAAGAUGUAUUGUUGUCUCAGUCUAAAUGAAAUAAAAGCUCUU